AUGCAGCAAGUAAAAACUGAAACAAAUGCCAUACAAAGAGUGGUUCAACAAACUGAUGAAGUUGCUGACCACAAAAGCAACUACAAUCGAUAUAAAUUACCUUUGGAGCAACAUCUUGCUUCGACUUGGUAUGGUUCGACUUUGAAGUGUCGAGAAAACGAUUGGAUAGUGAAAUUGACUUCUAUAGAGAUUGCAGAGUUGGAAGAAGCCGCUGAGUCUCUCCUUAAUUUACAGCAAAAUGUUGCUUCUGUAACGACGGAACAAUUUCCUCUGCCAACUUUAGGUUCAAAGCUAUUAGCUUUUCGUGAAGAGCUAAUUAAUGGUCGAGGUUUUUUCAUAUUACGUGGAUUGCCAAUACAAAACUACGACGAACGUAAAGCUGGCACGAUCUUUUAUGGUCUUGGUUGUCAUCUUGGCUUGCCAAGAUCUCAAAAUGCAAUGGGUCAUAUGCUUGGUCAUGUUCGCGAUUUAGGCAUGAAAAGCAGCGAUAUGAACGUACGGAUUUAUCAAACAAACGAACGUCAAACUUUUCAUACCGAUUCUUCAGAUGCCGUAGGCCUUUUGUGCUUAAAAACAGCGAAGGUUGGCGGAAUCUCAUUGGUCGUUAGUGCCUCAGCAAUUUUCAAUGAAAUGCGUGCUCAGAGACCCGAUCUACUAGAACUUCUGAUGCAGCCAAUUGCAACUGACCGUAGAGGAGAAGUUCCAGAGGGCAUGCUGCCUUAUUUACUAAUUCCUGUUUUCAGUUUUCACGAAGGUUAUCUCACUGUUUUUUAUCAACGUCAGUAUAUCGAUUCUGCGCAACGCUUUGAAAAUGCACCUCGUCUUACACCAGAGCAUGUAGAGGCACUUGAUAUGUUUGACCGUAUUGCUAAUGAUCCAAAGUUUCGCCUGUCAAUGAAACUUGAACCAGGAGAUCUGCAAUUUGUUUACAACCAUGCUCUCUUACACGACCGUACAGGAUUUGAAGACUGGGAUGAUCCAACUAAAAAACGUCACCUUCUACGUUUAUGGCUUUCACUGCCAGGAGAUCGACCACUUCCAGAUGUUUUUGCAUCACGCUUUGGUACGACUGAAAUUGGUAAUCGUGGAGGGAUAUUCGUUUGUGGUACAAUUCCAACCAUUCCAUGGACAAUCACAGGCGACAAAUAG